AUGAAGUGGGAGGAGUUUAUUCAUAGGUUUCUUGCUAAGGAUUGUCCUCCCUAUGAGACUGAGCAACUGGAAGUGGAAUUCUUUCAGUUAAAAAUGGGAAAUAAAACCUAUCAAGAGUAUGUUUCUCAUUUCAACGACAUAUCUCGACUGGUUUCUUAUUUAGCAUUUACUGAGGAACAACUGAUCAAUAGGUUUAUUUGGGGUCUACCCUCUAAAAUGAGGGUGUUUAUCAAAUCCAAAUCCCCCAAGACUUUUGCAGAAACUGUUGAGGUUGGCGCCGUCAUGGCUGCCGAGAUGAUUCUGCGGCAGGCUGAAUCUCCCGCACCAAAAAGGAAGUGGGAAGAAAGAAAGGGGGACACCCGGAAUAACAACUUUAAAAGGCCUAAAACAUUUCCUCAAUGUCAAAAUUGCAAACGCUUUCAUACAGGGGAAUGUCGUUUUCCUUGUCCAAAUUGUAAAAAGACGGGUCAUGCUCUUCAAGAAUGCAAGGAAAAGAAGAAGUGUUUCAAAUGUGGAGAACCUAACCACAUGAGAUCUGAAUGUCCCGAACUCAAAAUAAAUGAUAGGACACAACCAAAUCAGCCAAAAGGGCGGGCAUUUGUACUCACCACGGAGGAAGCCAAGACCAAUACAGGCGUUAUCAAGGGUACGUAUCUCGUAAAUGAUGUAUAUGCACGUGUGUUAUUUGAUAACGGUGCAAAUAGAAGUCUAGUGUCGACUACCUUUAGACCUUACUUGAACUAG